UAUGACGAUUGCUUGAGAUUGCUAAUUUGCCAAUAAUUUUACCUUCGAAUUGCUUCGAAUGAACAGCUUUUCAGCAUUUAUCCAUGGUCAAACUUAUGCUUUAGUAUUGUCCAAUAAAAUAUCAGUGCAGCAAAUUUAUUAGAUUUUCCGAGUAAACACUUAGCAAACUUAAAUGAUCUUCGUACUUCAGUCUGUGAUUGUGUUGUAAACAUGUCAGUUGUUAGUCAAUGAUAAUUCAAUAGGCAAGUGAACUGGUGAUAUUUCCAAGUCCAAAGUACGUGUAGUAGUAUAUUUUAUAUUGAAGUUUUUGUGAUUGUGUCGAAAUGUCUAUAGAGGAGAAAUUCAAUGCUGCUGUAAACGUUAUUAGGAGCCUCCCAAAAAGUGGUUCAUAUCAGCCGAGCAAUGAGCUGAUGUUGAGGUUCUACAGUUUCUUCAAGCAGGCAACGGAAGGGCCAUGUGAUAAACCCAAGCCUGGUUUCUGGGACGUAGUUAAUAGAGCGAAGUGGGAGUCAUGGAACAAACUAGGCAAUAUGACGAAAGACGAAGCUAUGCAAGCAUAUGUAGACGAAUUACACAAGAUCGUCGAGACAAUGUCAUAUAAUUCUGAUGUUGCGUCGUUCCUGUCAUUAGAAGAGGACGACCCGAGCUGUCUGAGCAAUGAUCUGGAGUUGAUCGCUGGCGAUGUGCUCAGCCGCGUACGUUCCGUACACAAUACCCCUAUAGGUUCUCGGUCAGUGAGUGGGGCGUCGUCUCCGAUACGCAGCGCGUCACCGCCGCGGAACCGACACGACUCCGACGACGAGUUCAUAGACACCGUAGACAGCGAUCCCGAGACGCAACCGGCCGCUCACGCGCCGCGACUCAGCAAUGGACACGCACAUCAGAUCACCUCACAACUCACACAUUUAAAAGUGCUAGAGCAGUUGCCAGGCGCGCUGGCCCGGCUCGAGGCUGAUGUGGCCGCGCUCAGGAAAGCUGUUGAAGGGGACCGUCGUCUACUCGACCAAGUAUCACGGUGCGGUGCGGGAUGGCGCUGGCCGUGGCAGGAGCUGAGUCCGCCCACACUGAUAGUGCUCGCGCUCUGGCCUUUCCUCGCUUACCGUCUCGCGGCACGCUUCCAGCGUCACACGCGUUCUUAACACAUUUUGGCACGAGGUUUGGGAUUAUGUGAUUUAGGAUAAGGCAUUUCGUGUUCGACGCUUUUUGUGUAAUGGCAACACUCAUGGUAUGGAUAUCACGUGACGUAUCCGAUACAGUGACGUGUUGGGUUAUUUCGUUUACAGCUAGCAACACAACUGUCUAUGUUUUUUCGUUAAUCUAUAUCGUGCUAUUCUAUACUUGUUAUAUUAUGUCAUGAUUUUUUUAUGUUUUUAUACAUUCUCCAUACAGUAAUUGACACUAAUCGUGGUUUUCUGAGACCGAAAUACCCGUUCAAAAGUUAUUUUUAUCUCUGUUUUUUAAAGAUGAAAGACAGGGAUGACGAUAUGUUUUAUACAGAGGUCUCAGAAACCAAUGGUUAUUUGGGUUUAAUGAUGUUUAUAUAGUAAUCUGUUUACAUUAUGAAUGAAAUAUUAAAUAUAAUAUAUAAAAUUAUUUUAAAUGACGUUAAUUUAUUAUUGUGAGUUUUUAUUGAUUUAAAUUUCUGAAUUUAUUAUUACGUUAAGUAUCUUUUUGACAUUCAAUGGCCGUCUAAUAUUAAAAAGUAUUCAAAUAUCGGUUUACAUUUUAUAACAUUUUUAACACAUUCCAUGCCACUGCGUUUUCUUCGUAUAAAAGUCAGUGGUACUGAACGUGUUAAUAUUUUUUUCAUGUUUCCUUACUAUAAGAGUCUCUUGUACUUUAAAGAUAGUCUAGGAGCUAAUCAAAUAAAAUCCUACAGACUAUUUCAUAUAAAAAUAAAAGGGAAAAUAGAAAAGUUGCAUUUUGUGUAUACGUUUACGGGGUUUUGGUUUAUUUUAGUUUGUAAAUUAUAAAUGUUCAAUUUUUAUAAAUACAUGUAAUUAAUUAAUUGGUGUAAAUUUUAGUUUAAAAUAUUUGUACCAAUAUUUUUUCAGGAGACACCAUUCCUUUUCGUUAUUUAAUUAUAAGUAUAGUGCGAGAAACUUAGAUCUGGUAGGCAAAAAUUGGAUUUCAAAUACAUAAGGCUCAUAGGCGCCUAUAUAUUCUAUAAAAAAUAUCACAAGAUUUUCUGUUCUUCUCAUUGUGUCAAUGAUUUCACUUGUCAUUUUCUAUAUCUCAUUUAAUUUUCCAUAUAUUUUCUGAAAGAACUAACCGCAGUGCAAGUCUGAUUACCGGGUCAUAUAAGUUUGACGGACUGUAAAUGUGAAAAUUCUGAUCUACAGAUAUUUUAUUAAACAAACCUAAAUAAUUAAACCGUAAGUGGACCAUAAUUUGAAAAUAAUCA